AUGCAUCGAAUUAACAUAUUCUAUGUCCUUUUUGUGGGCCUGCUUGGCAUGGUGCACUCGUCUUUGUAUAAGGACCUCCUAAUGGGUUUUCCUUAUGGUGAUGAGUAUGAUAAUAUGGUGAAAGAACCUCGUCAUUCUAUAUUUAAAAAUAAGAGAUUCAAUUUAGAUAUAAAUUCCUUCGGAAACACAUGUAUUUUGAAUUAUAAAGAAGUUUGUGAAACUGCAAACUACAGCAUAAACGUAAAUCAUGGUAUAAGUGACCAUGAAAUUAAAGUUAUGUUAGUACAAAAAGAAUCAAGUGAUAUAAUCUCAGUACAUACUUUAACGGGAAAAUUUUCCAUUGAUGGAAAUGUAUCCUUCCUUUUUAACAAUAUACCCUCUUUACAUUAUAAUAUAAUUUUAGAAGUAGCAGAUUUGAUACAUAAUACAGAUUAUGAUAUAGGUGUUAACUGCUAUUGUGAGGAAUGUAGUGAUAAUGUAAGGGAAAUAGACUUAAGUCUAAUGGAUAAUCAGAUUAUACAUAAGGUUAGAAGUGACAGUAAAAAUAAGUUGACAUUUCCACAGAAACCUUUCGUUAAUGGACAAUAUCUGUUUAGUAAAUAUUUAUUUUUUCAUUCUGAAAUUAAUUUGAAGACUGUCGAAAAUUAUGAUCAGCUAUAUAACAACUACUACGAGUUGGUUACCCCUUGUUCUGGUCUAAUCAUGACUCAUUCAGAACAAUAUAAUAUCAAUUAUGAUAUGUCUUCUGUACAUUGUUAUCAUGUAUAUUUAGUUAAUAAAUUCAUGAAAAAAAUUAACUCAAAUGGUGGGGAUAAUGGCAAAAAAGAUAAUCUUAAGUUUGUAACUCCUGUAUAUAUUCAAUUUGACAAAAAGGAGGAGAAUUUUGAAAGGAUGAUAGAUAUUAUACACGAUUAUACUAUUCCUAGUCUUCCUUUGAAAUAUGAAAAUAGUUAUUAUGUUCCUAGAGAAACCAAUGUUAGAGGUAGCUUGGUACGUAUCAACACCAGUGGUAUUUUUUCCCUUUCAAAAUACAUCUAUAAAAAUAAUAGAGACAACAGAAUGGAAUAUGUGCACAUGUUCAGAAUAUUUUUUCAGCUAUUUAAAAAGUUUAAUAACAUAUCAGAUGAACAAAUGUUACAAUAUACUACAGGUUUACAUUUGCAAAGGCAUGUGCUCUCCUCAGCAUAUUAUGAAAAGUUAGGUGAUACCAUAUAUGCAGAAGAGUUAGCAGUACUUUUAAAUUCUCUCGCUUUUGAAUUUAAUGCAGAUGCAAUUGGACUUAAUAGAAAUGUUUUAAUGAUAGAUGAAAAACAAUUCGUAUCCAAAUAUGGUAACGCAUCAUAUGCACAUAUAUUAUAUGAUCAACUAGUGCUUAAACAGUCGCAAGGAGUAUGUCUACUUAUUGUGGAAUCUAUUGCCCAUGAACUCAGUUCAUACAUAAAUAACAAAUUGAAGAAGACACAUAAAACCAUAUGCAACACCUUGAGACGAAGUAACAGUUAUUCCAACAUAACUACCAUGUUUUAUACCUACGAAUUGGAUUGUAAUAUGACCCUAUUUUAUAAAGAACAUUAUGUAGAUGAGGAUAUAAUGAUAAGGCAGCUGAUAACUAACAAAACGUUAUUGGAAGAUGUUCAAGUGGAAUUACUCUACGAAGACAUAUUUGAGUACGUUCUUAUUAUGCAUGCAACGAUCGACAAACGAGUUGUGCAAAAUUUGAAAACGUACGUUUCUAAGUAUAUAAAUAAUGACUCAAUGAUUACCAUAACAGUAGUAGGGAGAAAGAGUGAUAGAACUGAGGCAAAUAUCGAUGUUGAGCUUAAGAAAAUUACAUUUUCAAUUAAUUGUGCGGAAAAUUGUACCAAUUCUAAUCCAAUAUUGAUAGAACAUAAUUAUGAUUAUGUAUUUAUAAGCACCAUAUGUGUGGAGAAUAGUAACCUACGAACCAUUUGUUUUCCUCAAGAUGGUUUUUCAUACAUCUUUGAUACUCGAUUAUUACGAGUACAUAUGAUAAGUAUUAACCCUUAUCCUGAACCGGUGCUAACAGUGGAUGUUCAUCGUACUAUAGUAGAAAACUUAUAUUGUGUUUUGUUUACCAAUCCGAAUAUGAUACCCCACGAAAAUGCUCUAGUUAGUUAUAGAGACAGCGUAUGUAAAGAAUACCUCAAUCGCUGUAAACUUUUAACAACAAAAAUAUUCAUUAAAAAUGUAGUAGCACCAGCAUCAAUAUUCGGAGUAAAGGAUAAAUUAAAAUUAUCCUUUUCAACCCAUUUUGAUGAGAAACAUGAAGAAAUGAUACAGAUUAUUUAUUAUUCAAAGGGGAAUACGAUAAAUGAACAUAGUUAUAUAGUAACACAUUACAGUGACAGCUUAUAUGUGAAUGAACAAAUGAACAAGAUUGUUGGACAACGUAAAAGAGAUCAAUUUAAAUUAUCCUCUGGAGAAGUGGUAAAUAACAUGUUAAUAGAUGACGAUAAUUUUUAUAAAAGUAUAUCUUCAUUUCACGAAAAGGAAUAUAACAUAGAUAUAUAUCAUACUACAGAUAAAUACACCCUCAUACAGACAACCAAAUGGAAUGGCAACGAUUUGUCUUUAUACCCGUUUGGUGAAAUCAGUAUCAAUUAUGAAAAAAUAAAAACAAAUGUAUUUAUGAAAUUUUUACAUAAUUAUAUAUAUUACUAUAAUAAGAAAGAGAAAUAUGAUAUGGCUACAUUUUCUCCAUAUUUUGUAAACGUAUCUCCAUAUAACUACGAAUGUUUGGGGGCCUAUGCUUACUUGAUGAACAAAUUUAAUAUAUUAGUAAAUGACUCGUUGAACUGUGAAGCGUUACACAUUAUUAUAGAAGUGUUACUAAAAGCAAAUUUAGGAAAAUAUUUUAUCCAUAAUAAAAAUAAAAUCCAUCUUAAUUUUUAUAAACAUCCUGGAGGAGAUGCCCAUACCGUUUUUGACAUGGUUUAUAUGGAAAUAUAUGAACCACAUGCACCAUUGGAACCAUUUAUCAAACACAAACUUAAUGUAAGUAUUGAUGAAAAUAAUUUAAAUUUACUCUAUUCACAUAGAAAUGUUCAGUACAUAAAUAAGUACUUUUCAAAUAUGUAUGUCCUACUAUUUAAGGUUGCUUAUCUGUCCAACCAAUACGAUUUUUAUACUUUCUUUUACGACUUGACUGGAAUUCGAUUAAUUGAUGAUAUUGUUAUGCAAAACUUGGAUAAAUUGGACGUUGAGGACCAAAAGAAUAUACAAAAUAUACACUCAUUACUCAAUCAGGAAUACAAGAUUUCCAUUGCCAAACACACCGAGCCAUCCGAAAAGCUUAUAAACGAAAUCUCGCUCUUGGCCGCCUACAUAGUCGAGUUGACCUCGUCCUACAGAAAAAAGCUUACCCACGGCGAUGUUAGCAGUGUUAGCAGAGACAGUAGAGGCGAUCGGAGUACCAAGCAGGUAGCCACCUUUGCUGAAAUAAAAUACUUCGUGUACGUGAACGAGUUCAAGUACGGCCAUAGCAAGAAGUACACGAUAAACGAGAUCAUUCACAGAACGUCGAAAUAUAACGCCCUUGUGAUUAAGAAAAAGAUAUUGUGUUGCUCUAACUUCGUUGAUGAAGUUGAAAAUGCGCUUAAAUUUUUUAUUUUAUAUAAAUAUGUCCUUAGCGAAGACAGAUUCGUUCCUUCGAGGGAGACCAAGACGAUUACCAAGGCGCAUAACAUAAUACAGAAGCUUUUGGAACGCUCUAUUCCUUGCAUCGAUUACAUGUGCGAAGAGGGUAGCAGUAGUGAUAGUAGCACUUCCGAGGGUGCUGGUGCUGGCAUAUCUACCCUAAGUGAGCUGAACCGCAUGGUAUAUAUUCUAAUGGACCGAUCCGGAUACGUUUCUAGAAAAAUACCGACGUCUUACAUAGACCUUAAGUGCAUCAACUUGGACAUGGCGAACUACUAUGAGAGCAUAAUUACCUCAUUCAAAACAACAUUUGAUCUAUAUGGAGCAUUGGUAACUAUAACUAUGAACAAGUUGUUACCUGAUAUAAGUAUUCGAAUAGGAAAAGAGAUGGAUAAUUACUUAGUAUACUUUUUGUUCAGAAAUUUAUCGGUACCAUUUAUGGGUAAAACACAUAGAACAGAAACGCUAGAGUUAAGAAGAUUAUUGUUGUUAAGAAGUGAUCCUAUUGAUUUGGACAAAGAUCAUGUAAUGUUCAAUAUGUACGUAGAUAGUGUAGAUGGAAACUCUCUUUUUAUGUUAGAAAAAAUUAUUUUUGUAUCAAAGGGAGGUGAUAAAUUAGUAAAAGAAGUAAAUGUAGAAUAUGAAACGUUUUUUGUUCAUCCCCAUAAUAUGAUAUCAAAAGAGGCAUUGACAAAUAAACAUAUUAGUGCAUACGAAAAGUAUUAUAAUAAAGUAGUAGGGUGUGAUCAUUAUAAUAAUGGAUUACAAGUAUGUGCUUAUCAUCCAGCAUAUGACUAUGAAGGGUUCACUCCAUUCUAUGUAUCCUAUUUAGAAAACAAUCAAAGAAAAGAUAUAUUAUUUAAAAAAAAUGAAGAUAUAGCAAACUUGAUUAGCAAUGGUCCGGUAACGUUAUCUAAACGAUAUAACAUACAGGUAGGAGGAGACCGUAUGUUAGUUGAUAUAUAUAAUUCUGUUCAAAUUAUAGCACACGAAAUUGUAUCCUCUAUAGGGAUAAAUAAUUUCGAUAGCAAUUUUUGUGGUACCUUACAACUAAAUAACGGUCAUUUACAUACACCUAAUGACAAAGAUUCAUUAAUAUCUAACAUUUUUUACGACACGACUUAUUGCUUAAAUAAAGGUGCAGUAUUUAGAAAAAUUCUAGAAGUUUGCAAAUUUAGAAAAGAAGAACUAGAGCGCUUAUUUUCCAUUGAAGAAAGUAAUAUAUUACCAUAUCAUCUGAACGAGAAUUUUGCAAAAUUGUUGACUCAGAAGGAAUUGCUAGGCUUAAUCUUUUACUUUAUCUCUGUACCUCCUCAAGUGAACCAAAUCGUAAGGGGAAACCUUAUAAACUUGGAAAUUUCGGAGCUUGUCAAAUCCGGUAAACAGGGUGGUUAUGAUAUAAGCAGCAUAGUCGAGAUUGAGAAUAACGGAUCAGUGAAUAUAGAAAGGAGCUACUUAACAAAUGUAAACAAACAUACUUUAGCCGCAUUUAAUACAGCAUUUUACACACAGUUGAUAGAACAUAUACAAAAAUCAAAUAAAAAUAGUAAUCAUGUGUUAGUAGCUGAUCCGAGUGCUGUACAGAAUUACAUGCAGAACUACAUUAACAGCAACAAUUCAUGUAAUAGUUUGAUCUUUACCAACAGUGGACCUCUAUCCCUACCGGAGGAUGUCCUAACUUAUAACAACCCCAGUUUUUCAUUUAUAGAUGAUAAAAUAUAUAUAAAGAAAAAACCAGACACAUACUAUGCCUUUAAUAAUUUUUUUUUAUAUGAAGGACAAAACUAUUUAAAGGAGAAGUACCUAAGUGCUAUACUUGUUUUAUCCCCAUACAAAUUUGCAUCAAUCAAUGAUGUUAUUUAUAUAGAUAUAAUAGCCAACUCUUUCGACAAUAAAAAUCAGUUCGUACUGAAUUGUUACCCACGUAGAAAAUAUAAUACUUCUUUUUUUGAAAAAGCAUAUAAUAUACAGCCCAAAUCGGUGUAUUUUGUUUGUAAGAAUUUGGCAGUUAUGUACCUAAAGAAUGGCCUGUAUGAGUUCAACAGGUAUUUGAUUCAGUAUAGAGAAGGGGGUAGUAGCAGCAGCAAUGGAAAGGGGAUCCAGGUGUACGAAAAUAUGCCCGUAAGACCCAUAUAUGAAGUAAAAAAUAAUAAUAUAAUAGUGCCAAAUAGGGAAGAUGUGCAUAUAGAACUACAGCGUGUAAACAAUAGAAAUAGUACAAAUAUAAUUGAAUAUUUAAUACAUGUAAAGGGACCAGUUUCUCUACAUUUAGAUCCAUAUGUUGUAGUUAAACCAAUAUUUACACGUACUUCUUAUCUAUAUAACACAAAAAUUCAUAUUACUGAUGAUUAUUUAACUUAUAUGUAUCCUAGGAAACUAAAAUAUUCUGAGUUUAUAAAAUUGCCCAUGAGCAAAGAUCUUUUUAAAGAUAAAACCUUAACAUUACUGACUGUGAAGAAGAGUACGAGUAAAAACAACUUCACAUACAAUAUUUACUCUUUAGCUGUUGUCAAGUCGCUCAACCUAACAAGUAUAAUAGUAAAGGACCUAUUCAACAAUGAAUUUGUAAUAAAUGUAGACGAGGAGAAAGUGGUACGCGAGGGUGGAGUAAACACAGUACCAGAAGUAGCGCAGAAAGAGAAGGAAGAAAGUAGGAAAGAAGUUUCUCCCACUUUCCCCAAACCGGUAGAUGCGGACAAAAAGGAUAACCCGUUGGCGGAAAACCAUACUGAUGGCAAUUAUGAUGAUAAUGAUGAUGAUAAAAAAAAGAAAAAGGCCUGUGGUGCGUUCUUCAUCUCCAUAGAAAGUAGCGACUUCGACAAUGGAAAAGGCAGCGGCAGUAGCAAUGAUAGAAGUAUACCUACUUUCCAGGAACAGUACUUUUUCAUGGUAUUUUCUACGUGUGUAAUCCGCGAAGGACUUGCGUCGCUAACCAUUUCUGGGAACAGGUAUCAUUUCGAUGUAGAAGCAAAGCAUUUAAUGAAUGAAAACAUAUUCAAUGAGAUAUACAAGAAAAUAAAUGACGAAGUGAAGUUAUAUAAUGGUAGAUACAUUGUAAGUAUAACAAGGACUGCAUUUAGAAAUGAACUCAUGCCAGAAGUCUCAGAAGGAGAAAAAAAAAUUAUCGUGCAACGAGUAAACAAGGACGGUACAUUGUACAUAAAGCAUAAUAUAUACGGUAUAGGAAAUGAAAAAAAUGGAUUCCAUGUAGAUAUUUUUUCAAAAAAUAAGGACUUAGUACCAGCAACCAAAGAGAGAGAAGCGACAAAACCGUCUGUAAAAGCACCAGUUACAAAUGAAAACAGGGGUGUGGAAACAAAGCCAAAGGAUAGAACACCCUACCCUGUUACAGAAGCAGUAGUAGAUCCAAAAUCUAAGCCGAAGUUGGAUCCAGCGAAAAAGGACAAUACUAAUACAUCAAUUAUUCAAAGAAAUUAUAUGAGAACGGUUCAAUACAUGAUUAACAUAGAAGGGACAACUACUACUGUAGCAGAAGUAGACAAACCAUACAUAAAACGAUAUAUAAUGAUAACAAAUUUAUUAUAUUCUAGUAAUUAUAAAAUAAACGUUAUUAAUGGAAAUUAUACUGGUAUAUGUGAAUAUGGGUUUUGUUAUACAGAUGAAGAAUUUUUGGAAAAUUUAAUAGAUGACAGAGAGAUAGUAAAUGGUACAUUUAAAGUAUCUAUUGAGAAACAUGUAUUCUUAACAAAAUAUGAUGAGAGUGAACCUCGAUCUGAAUCGAAAAUACGUAGAGAUAUAGUCAAACAUAGCAACCUUGUAUGUUUGGUAAAAAAAGAAUUCAGUUUGACUAUCGAUGGGUUGAGUUUAGAAAGAACUGUGGAAUCGAAAUAUGCACAAAUGGAAAAGGAGAAGGAGACGACUACGAGAAAGAGGUCUUAUUAUGCACCUACUAGGAAAGAACAAAAGCAAGUGGUACAACUAGAUAAUGAUUCUCUAAACAGUAGGGAUAUAGUAGAAUGGUGUACAUACAAAGAAUGGAAUGUAGAUUUAAGUAACGUAAAUAAGCAUAAUGUAAAACUGAUGGACAAAGCAAAAGAGUCUAGAACUAGUAGUGUAUCUGAAGAGUUCAAAUCUACGGUGGAAGGCAGAAGAAUGUAUCAUCCUUUAGAUAAUGUGCCAUAUGAUGAAAUUAUCACGCAGUAUAUUGACAAUGAUAUUAAUCUCUUCGAGGGAAGUACAGGUGGUGGUGUUGGUAAUUCUAAGUACAUUGUACAAUUUGACAAUAUAAGGAAUUACAGAAUAUUAAGAAUUGGGGAAAGGAAAAAGAGCUACCAAGCUGGUAACAGGGGGCAUGAUGGUCAUGUUGGUUCUACUGAAAACACCCAAAAUUUCAACCAUGAUGAAAAACAUUUUGCAGAGUUUUUCAAAUUAUUAAAUAACAAACCGAUGAAUGAAUUAUACUUUUUGCAAAUGGUAACUGAGAGAAACGCAUUAUUAGAGAGUAAUAACGAUAUAGUAUUAAAUAGUUCACCUAUAUAUCUUAAUAGUAGUAGUAAUAGCUCAACAUAUAAGGAUGAAGGGAAAGGACAGAAUGACCAAUUUUUAGUUGAAAUAAUAGGAAGUGACGAAAAUGAUACGGGAAUGUUAUAUACCGAAAUGUUUAUUGUCCAUGGGUACUAUUUAGACGAAGGAACAUACUACAUAGAACUUUCAAGGGGAAUAUAUACAAUUACACAUGAUUCUGUCGGACAUAAAAACAUUAAUGUAAGCGAUAUUGAAAACUUGGUAAAUAUGUCCGGAAGGAAAUUAGACGACGACUCAUAUGAAAUAUAUGUGGAGCGGGUUUUAGCAGUUCCUAAUGCGCAAGAUGCUCUAGUUGGUACAGGUGAUGGAAAGGAUGAAAGAGUAGGAACAGUUAGAAGAGUUGAUGACAAAGAGGAUGGACUAAUUUUCGAUAAUAUAAGGAAAGAUUUGGAUUCAACUUUGGAUAGAGAGGAUUCAAACAAAAGGAGAAAAACUGAAUUCCAUGAAAUUAUUCCAGAUCGAGAAAGAGAAGUUCAUUUUAGAUCUUAUAUUCACUUACAUAAUGAUGGACAUGGUAACAGAUGCUCAUUUAGUAAAAUUAUAGAUGGAAAGGGAAAGGGAAUAGCAGAAGGUAAAUAUUUCGUAAAUGUAUUGAAUGGGUCCUACAAUACAACCAUUGUGCGAGGUCCCAAAAUAGAUAAUUACUAUAUAAAGCUACUCUUGAAUAAGACAUGGACCUAUGAAGAUAAUAUUAGAUCUGAAUUUUAUAUUGACAUUUUUAUAUAUGAUGACAAGAAAGGGGGAAACAUAGCAGAUAGUAAUAAUCAUCUAGAAUAUGAUGAUUAUUAUGUUUCCAUAAAACCAUUAAGUUCUGAUAAUAAAGAUAUAGCAAAUGAAAGAAAUGUUGAAUAUGUAAAAAUCCAGGGAGCUGGUAUACGGCCUGGGGUGUAUGAAAUAGAAAUGUCAGACAAUAAAUACAAUGGAAAAGAUGAACAAGGUAAUGUAAUGGAUAGAAAUUUUGCAAAAAAUAUUAUGCUCUUAUGUUAUGAGAGGGCCAAAAAUGGGAGAUAUCAUGUAGUCAUUAUGGACCCCAAGAAGAGCGAUUCUGAAGCAGUCAACAAGAACAGCGGCGUAGGCGAUGGUGAUGGUCUACCAGCCGAUACUGUAUUAACAAAAGAAAUAAGCAAAACUGUUAUGGUACAAAAAAUGUACAAUACAAAAUGGAAUAAUGGACUACUAACUUUGGAUGUAAAAUUCACUCAAGAAGGUAAUAUACAAGAUGGUAUAUACAAUGUCUACGUGUUUGCAGAUGGAACACAAAAAUUUACAAAGAUGAUUGCAGGUCGAAUGACUGAGUUCGAAGCCAAAGAGUUGCAAACGGCGCUCAAACCAUAUUUAGAAUCUGGCAUUUUUGAAAUUCAAAUAGUGGAAAAUAAGUUAAAAGAGAAGGUUUCAAGAACGGAUAGGCUUCACCGUAGCACUAUCAGUGGGCGACCAUACGAUGGAACAUCCAGUGUUACCUCACAUCCUACAACGAGCUAUGAUCAUCAGUCUAACAACAGCCAUAUAUCAUCUUUAAAGCGCUCUUUAUUCCCACCAACAGAUGAGGAUAGAGUUAUGACUCAUUAUCAAGAUAAGGAUGAAAAUCGAAGCCUUAACAUUUUUCAUUGCUCUUCAUUUAAAUCAAGCAACUGCAGAAAUAUUUUUAAAAACCAAAAAAUUGAUUAG